UUAUUAUUUCUGACCAUUUCGUGGUCCUCGCCGUGGCGGACAUGGCCGAAAAAAUAAUUUCGUGGUCCUCGCCGUGGCGGAUAUGGCCGAAAAAAUAAGAAGAAGAAGGAGAAGGAGAAGGAGAAGCGGAAGUAUAUACAAAAAAAAUAUGGCUACCCUUCAUUUCUUACAAAGGCUUUUAUCAAUCAGCCUCUCUCUCUCUCUUUCUUUCUCGCCCUAACCUUCUCAAAUGUUUCUGCAACUCUGGAAUGCCGAUCUUCUUUGUUCAAGUAUGACUUAUUGCUUUCAUGGUCUGGGCUACACCUCAAGUGAACUUUGGGUGAUUGUAGAUGCAAAUAUUGAUCACUCUGAUUGCUUCUGAGUCAUGAAUUGCUUACCUUUUCUUUGCACAAGACGAUGCCCUUCAGCAUCAGAACCAAUUCCUGAUUCACCAUCUUUCCGCAAAUUUCAUGUAUAUUCAUAUAAUGAUUUGAAGAUCGCUACUGAAGAUUUUGGUGAAUCUAACAAAAUAGGACAAGGUGGUUUUGGUUCUAUUUACAAGGGAAAACUCAAAAAUGGUGCGACUGUGGCUGUGAAAGUUCUUUCCGCGCAAUCCACACAAGGAGAGAGGGAGUUCUUGAAUGAGAUUUCUGCCAUCUUUGACAUUAAACACCAAAAUCUUGUUGAGCUUUAUGGUUGUUGUGUUGAUGGGGAUACCAGAAUUUUGGUCUAUGGCUAUCUGGAAAACAACAGCCUUGCACAAGUUUUUCUGGGCAGAGAGUCCAGUGGAAUUGAGUUUGACUGGAUGAGAAGGAGGACAAUCGGCCUUGGUGUUGCUAGUGGUCUGGCCUAUCUCCAUGAGGAAGUUAAACCACAUAUAGUGCAUCGGGAUAUUAAAGCUAGCAAUAUACUCCUUGAUAAGGACCUUAAUCCGAAAAUUUCAGAUUUUGGUCUCGCCAAGCUUUUUCCAGAUGACAAGACUCAUAUAAGCACGCGUGUUGCAGGCACUCUAGGUUACCUGGCUCCAGAGUAUGCAAUAAGUGGGCAGCUGACUCGGAAAGCAGACGUCUACAGUUUUGGAGUACUUUUAUUAGAAAUAGUCAGUGGAGGAAGCAUUCUCUACUCAGGAGUUCAGAUUGAGGAACAAUAUCUUCUGAAAAGGGCAUGGGAACUGCACAAAGCAGGUGAGCUCUUAGAGCUCAUUGAUCCAAAACUAAAUGGGGAUUAUCCCAGGGAGGAAGCAAUUUGGUUUCUUAAAGUGGCCCUUCUCUGCGUACAAGAGAAACCUAACCUAAGACCUAAUAUGUCUGAAGUUGUGAAGAUGUUAUCAGAUACUGUUAAUGAUAUGGAUGUGAAUAUCCGGAAACCAGGGAUCAUACCUAAUUUUAUGGCUAUGAAAAUGGGCAGAACGAAGAAAACUGAAGUCCUCUCUCAGAGCUCAGGUCACGAGGGGUCUUUCUUCUCUUCCUCCACUGGUGUCACACUAGGGUCAUUUUCAUCCUAAAAUACAUUUCAUACAAAAUAUUGAGCCUAAGAUGGAUGGUUUGAGCUUCUUGCAUAGUUGCUGAACUUGGCUUGGCUUCACCGAAGAGAGUCGCCAUACUUCGAGAAAGUCAUGAUUUGGUUGGAAGAGCAACCAGUGGUGUCAGGCGAGGCUAGAUGAAGGAUAAAUUACCCAAGGAAUGUAAGAUUAAGAGGCCUCAAUGUUUAGCCAUGGAUACCAAUGUUAAAGAAUGCUGACUCGGGCUCGGACAUGCCAGGGUCUCGGGCCCUAGGAAGUUAGAGGCAUAGUUUGAGAACUAACUUGGUUGAUUUUCUGGGAAAAUAACAAAAGGGACCCUAGGCUCGAGCGUAACUUGAUUCCUGGGUAACUCCCACUUGAAUCUCUAGGGUCUUGUCUGAUUCUGAAUGGGCAUGCGAUUUUCACACCAUUACACCAAUGCUACCACCACCAUCACACAAGUUAUAAUUCAGAUGGAAACAAUUAAACAUC